CGGUUUCCGGCCGCUGCCGCAGAUUUUCGUCUGUCUUCGUUAGUUGUCGGCAAUUUCCGUAAGGUCUCGGCUUUGGCCGGCUGCUUUCGGUUGUGUUCGCCAAGAUUCGGCAAUCUCCGGCGGCCUCCCCGGUAACGGUCGCUGUGAGUUUAAAUGAGCCGGAGCCGCCCGUGUGACGUCUUGAGAGCAGCCGAUAGGGAGAGAGGUCCCGACAGCGGGAGAGAGCGCGGACGCGGGAGGCCGGAGAAUGACGGUGCUGCAGGAACCCGUCCAGGCUGCUAUAUGGCAAGCACUGAAUCACUACGCAUACAGAGAUGCCGUGUUCUUGGCAGAAAGACUUUAUGCAGAAGUGCAUUCAGAAGAAGCAUUAUUUCUCCUAGCCACAUGUUAUUACCGCUCAGGAAAAGCUUAUAAGGCUUACCGGCUCCUGAAAACCCACAGCUGUGCCACUCCACAAUGUAAAUAUCUUCUCGCAAAAUGCUGCGUGGACCUUAGCAAACUGGCUGAGGGUGAGCAGAUCCUGUCCGGUGGGGUACUGAAUAAACAGAAAAGCCAGGAGGAGAUAGUUACAGAGUUUGGAGACUCUGCCUGCUUUACACUGUCGCUGCUCGGCCAUGUAUAUUGCAAAACUGACAGAUUGGCCAAAGGAUCUGAAUGUUACCAAAAGAGCCUUAGUCUAAAUCCUUUUCUCUGGUCCCCCUUUGAAGCGUUAUGUGAAAUAGGUGAAAAGCCAGACCCUGAGCAGACCUUUAAACUGACCUCCCUCCAGAACUUUAGUAGCUGCCUGCCGAACACUUGCACAUUAAUGGUAAACAACCACAACGUUAUAUCCCACAGGCAAGCUGACACAGUAUUAACAGAGACUCCUCAAGACACUAUAGAACUAAAUAGAUUAAAUCUGGAAUCCUCCAAUGUAAAAUACUCCCUGAACUCUGACUCCUCAAUGUCCUACAUAGACCCAGCUGUUAUCUCCCCUGACACGUUACCUUUGGGGACAGGUUCCUCUAUCUUGAUGAAACAGGCCCAGAACAAACCAAAGAGUGGGCGCAGCCUGUUAGGAGGGCCAGCAGCACUCAGCCCGCUCACACCCAGUUUUGGAAUUUUGCCACUAGAAACCCCUAGCCCAGGUGAUGGGUCAUACUUACAAACCUAUAAUUCAUCCUGCGUCCUUGAUGUGCCAUCUUCUGGAACCCCUGCUAAGAAGUCUGUCAACAGAAUCAGCCAAGCAGGAACAAAGUCAGUGUUCUCACAAAGCGGCAACAGCCGGGACAUGACCCCUGUGCUUCUUGUACAGACUCAGGGUUCUGGACCUCAAACUAGCACUACACCUCAGGUACUGAGUCCAACUAUAGCCGCCCCUCCAAACGCAUUACCACGUCGAAGUUCCCGCCUUUUCACUAGCGACAGCUCCACCACCAAGGAAAACAGUAAAAAACUGAAAAUGAAAUUUCCACCCAAGAUCCCAAAUCGGAAAACCAAAAGCAAGACUAAUAAAAGUGGCGUCACACAGGCCAACAUGAAUGAGAGUUUGGAAAUUAGUAAAUUGGAUUCCUCGAUCAUCUCUGAGGGCAAAAUCUCCAGUGUAGGUCCUCAAAUCCAAGCACUGACCAUACAAAAGGCAGCUGCAGAAGGUUUAAUGAGUCUCUUGAGGGACAUGGGAAAAGGCUAUGUAGCCUUGUGCUCCUAUAACUGCAAAGAAGCUAUCAACAUCCUGAGCCACCUACCUUCCCAUCACUACAACACAGGUUGGGUUCUGUGUCAGAUUGGCAGAGCCUAUUUUGAGUUGGCAGAAUACUUGCAGGCAGAGCGUGUGUUCUCUGAGGUCCGCAGGAUCGAAAACUAUCGUGUUGAGGGCAUGGAAAUUUACUCCACCACGCUGUGGCAUUUACAGAAAGAUGUGGCACUGUCGGUACUUUCUAAGGACCUCACAGAUAUGGACAAGAAUUCACCAGAGGCUUGGUGUGCUGCUGGAAACUGUUUCAGUCUGCAAAGGGAACAUGAUAUUGCUAUUAAGUUCUUCCAGCGGGCUAUUCAAGUGGAUCCUGGCUAUGCAUAUGCUUUCACGCUAUUGGGCCAUGAAUUUGUACUCACAGAAGAAUUGGACAAAGCACUUGCUUGCUUCAGAAAUGCCAUCCGGGUCAACCCUAGACAUUACAAUGCAUGGUAUGGUCUUGGAAUGAUUUACUACAAGCAGGAGAAGUUUAGUUUGGCAGAGAUGCAUUUCCAGAAAGCACUAGAUAUCAAUCCACAAAGUUCAGUAUUGCUGUGCCAUAUAGGAGUGGUGCAGCACGCACUCAAGAAAUCAGAUAAGGCUUUGGAUACUCUGAACAAAGCUAUUUCCAUAGAUCCCAAAAACCCACUAUGCAAAUUCCACCGAGCCUCCAUUUUGUUUGCAAAUGAGAAAUAUAAGUCUGCACUGCAAGAGCUGGAGGAAUUAAAACAGAUUGUCCCCAAGGAAUCCUUAGUUUACUUUUUAAUAGGAAAGGUGUAUAAGAAGCUGGGUCAGACACACUUAGCCCUUAUGAACUUUUCAUGGGCCAUGGACUUGGAUCCCAAAGGAGCCAAUAAUCAGAUCAAAGAGGCCAUAGACAAGCGAUACCUGCCAGAUGAUGAAGAAGCUGUGACACAAGAGGAACAAAUCAGUGAGUGCUACCCAUAUGAAACGGUGGGAACUGAUGAGUCGCAGGAGAGCAGCAUGACGGAUGCAGAUGACACACAAUUGCACGCAGCUGAGAGUGAUGAGUUUUAGAGCAGCCCUCAUUCCCCUCCGGACAUGUGGCACUGUGGUGUCUGACUGUUACUUUACUCCACACCACCCCAGCCUCACCCUUGCCUUCUCAGACGCCUUUCAUGGGCUGCCAUUUUGUAUCAUCAUCAUCAUCAUCAUUGCCUCUGUCAUCAUUAUCAGCCAUUCCUCCUACCCCCUCCUGAUUUUUAAGUCCUGCAGAGAAUUAAAGACUGUGCAAUAUGUGGGUAGCACUCAGUUGGCUUCCUGCUUUUUUUCUUUUUUUCUUCUCCUUUUUUUUCUUCUUCUGCCUUUUGUGGCUCCUGGAGCUGCUAAGUGGUUGUGCGAUGCAGAAGUUGAACCCCAUGCGUGGUUUAUUCAUAUCCAAGAUGACAAGUAAUGGUAAGGGAGUACAACAUUUGCUUUAAAGGCAUGCCUUUCAAGCUUAAUCCUUCAAAUUGUAAAAUUCUACUUUUCUGAACAUGGAUCGGAGAAGCCUUUCUGCUUGGAUAACAUUUAUUCAACAUAUUGAGCUAAGGACAAGGCGUGGCAUCAUGGAACGCCUUAUUCAGACAUGCCUACAGCGAACCUGCAAACCAUUCCAAUAAAGACAUUGGGGACAACCCUUCUUGUCACUCCUUUCCAAUGUUGUAACUUCUAAGAGGCCCCUGCACCUUUACAAGCUGAUGGGAUGACACCACCUGCAGGGCUCAAUUUUGACUGAAUACUACUCUACUUAUGUAAAACUGUAAAUUUUAUGAUUUUAUCCAAUGACCUGAAUGCAUUCAUUGCUAGUGCAGGAUUCCUAUGUAGAGUGAAAGCCAUAAUCUACCAGACAUCCUCCUUGUUGCUCUGCUUGGUCAGAAUAAUCAUGGUUGUAUGUAUAAGUAUUGACGACUCACAGUCUUUCCGUCCAUUAGGAAACAAGGGCUGCCACUUUUUGCCAUGUUGAUGCCCCCAUGUUCCUAGUGAACUGAAAUUUCAUUACGGUGACUGACUAUGGCUUCCUCUAGUCCCACGAUCCAUAAUUGAAUUUAUUUCUUAGAGGGCAUGUGUUAAAAACCUACAACAUUGGUCUUAGUGUCGCCUUCUUUCUACAAAAUGUUUUUUUUUCUUCCUUUACUUUACUAUUAUUUUCUUGCUUUGUGGAAGGUUCUUUCUGCCACUAUCCUGUGGCAACGAACUCAAGCUACCAUAUUCCAUCAUACGGUUUAGGUUUUCUGUAGGAAAGUUGGCAUCGUCCCCUCUCUGCUCAGGUUUCCAGUCUCAAUGCCUUUAUCAGCUUGCAUUCGGUGACCUCACCUUGGAUUCAGAAGGUUAAAUUAAUCCCCCCAAAUUGCUGGCAUAAUGUCUGAUGAAUCACAUACAUGCCCAUCACUGCCAGCCUGGCCAGCUUUCCUUCGAUGCACAGUCGUUCUUCGGCGCUGGUCUCUGGUGGAGUGGGAUUCCUUUUUAUUGUGUGGAUGUGAUUUUUUUUUUUUUGGUCUUUUUAUUUCCUCCCCUCUUUUUUUAAUUUUGGAAGUGUACAGUGUUCCAUUAUUUGGGUCAGGAGGUUCCUGUUUAAUAUAUUUUGCAAAUCAUUUAAGGAUGUGAAAAAAUAAAGACUUC